AUGGCACCUCGAAAAGUCACUCCAUCCACCCCCACCAAGCAUCGCGCAGACGAAGACCACGCUCCCCGCCACAGGAAGCGUGUCGUUCAGCAUCUCCCCUUUGCCAAGAUCGCAUCCCGCCCCGGACAGGUCUUUGUCUUUGGCACCGGAGACUGCGCUCAGCUCGGUCUCGGCGAGGGCACUCUCCUCCGCAAGAAACCCGCUAACGUAGCUGCUCUCAACGAGCAACACAUCGUCGAUAUCGCCGCUGUCAAUGACCAGCGCACUCUCGGACGCUCAGGAGAUGAGUACACUCCUAUGCCAGUAGAAGGUCUUGACGAUGUCAAAGUCGUCAGAGUUGCCUGCUCUGAUUCAUUGACUGUCGCCUUAACUGAUCUCGGUCACGUCUAUACCUGGGGUACUUUCAGAAGCGCGGAGGGAAUUCUCGGACACUCCAAGGAGACCGAGGUGCAGGACAACCCCACCAGGGUCGCCGGACUGGAGGAUAUUGUUGACAUUGCUACUGGAACUGACCAUGUCUUGGCCUUGGACAACACCGGUCUCAUCUACAGCUGGGGUAACGGUCAGCAGAUGCAGUUGGGACGCAGGAUUGUCGCUCGCCGCAUGCUCAACGGAUUGACCCCCGAGUCUGUCGGUGCCAAGAACAUGACGAAGGUCGGAGCUGGCUCUUACCACUCAUUCGCCAUCGACAAGGACGGAAAGGCCUCUGCUUGGGGUCUCAACACCUAUGGACAGUGCGGACUGGAUGAUGCCAAGGUUGAGAAUAUUCCCUCUGUCGGACCAAUCAAGACCCUCAAGGAUGAACAUAUUGUGGACAUUCAGGGAGGCGAGCACCACUCGAUCGCCUUGACCAAGGACGGGCGUCUCUUUGGAUUCGGACGCUCGGACAGCCACCAACUUGGUUUGGGAUACACCGAGCUCCCCGGAACUGAGGACACCACAUCUCACAAGAAGGCCAUCCGUACACCCACAUUGAUCCCUGGCUUGCCCCCAGUCGAUGCCAUCUCUGUCGGAGGCAACCAUACUCUUGCCUUGACCCGUGAGGGUGAUGUUUACGCAUGGGGUUUCGGCGAGAUGUUGGCUUGCGGUAAUGGUGAAGAGGAGGAUGUCGAGAAGCCCUUGAAGUUGACUGGCCAAAAGAUCGAAGGAGCUAAGAUCGUCAAGGUCGCUGCUGGCGGUCAGCACUCUGUUAUCCUAGUUGUCCAUGCUUAA